GCUCUCAAGACUCGAUCAAAUCGUCAAAACACAGUAAAACCCAUCUCUUUCUUCAAUCUCCAUUCCUUCUCGAUCUCUGAAACUCCCCAUAUCCGCCAUGGAUCUUGCCCCUGAAGAGCUUCAACACCUCAGCAUCAAAGGUAUCCUACGUGAAUCAACGUCAAUCCCCAAAUACUCCCCCAAAACCUUCGGCCUCGUAACCCUAACCCUAAUAUUCCCUCUCUCCUUCGCCAUCCUCGCACAUUCCCUCUUCACACAACCCAUCGUAGCUCAGCUCAACCAAUGGACUUUCUUCGUCGUCGUCUUCAACUUCUGCUACCUCGCCUUCCUCUUCGCCUUCUCUCUCCUCUCCACCGCCGCCGUCGUCUUCACCGUCGCCUCUCUCUACACUUCGAAGCCCGUUUCUUUCACCUCAACGAUCUCAGCUAUCCCCCUCGUCCUGAAUCCACUCUUCGUCACUUUCAUCUGGGUUUGUCUCUUGAUGCUCACUUACUACACCGUGUUCUUGAUCUUCUUGGGCUUAGCUUUCUUCUCGUCGCUAGUAAUCUCCGUUCUCUUCUUGGGAGUUCACGUUUACAUGACGGCUCUGUGGCAUUUAGCCAGCGUGGUCUCUGUUCUUGAGCCGGUUUACGGUUUCGCCGCCAUGAAGAAGAGCUACGACUUGCUAAAAGGGAAGACCUUUAUGGCUUGUGCGGUGGUUUUCAUCUAUCUCGCUCUCUGUGGAUUCGUUUCUGAAGUUUUCGGUAAGGUGGUGGUUCGUGGCGGAGAGGAUCACGGAGUCUUCGCUAGGAUAGUCGCUGGUGGGUUCUUGGUUGGUGUUCUUGUGGUAGUGAAUCUUGUUGGGCUGCUUGUGCAGAGUGUGUUUUACUAUGUUUGCAAGAGCUUUCAUCAUCAGGAGAUUGAUAAGUCUGCGUUGCAUGAUCAUCUUGGUGGGUAUCUUGGUGAAUACGUGCCUCUUAAGAGCAGCAUUCAAAUGGAGCACUUUGAUAUUUGA